AUGCUUUCAUCCAACGUCCUCGUGUGCCUAACUCCGGUUUUCUUUGGCGGGUUUAUGGCCUUGAAGGUGACCAGCCCCAACGAAGGCGCGGCAUGGAAUCUGCAGCAGACGAACACCGUUACUUGGACUUCAGUCGGAACUGACCCCGCAUCAUUUGACAUAGUUUUGGUCAACAACAAUGCCAAUUGUUCUCCUACCGGCAUGAGCCAAAUGAUCAAACAAAAUGUUGCUUCCGCCCAAGGCAAGUACGACAUGAGUGGUGUUGCGUCCGUCAAGGCGUGCGGUGGCUAUCAAAUCAAUCUCGUAGCUACUAAUGCGCCAGGUAGCCAUAACACUGGGAUCUUGGCCCAGUCGGCCCCAUUCAACGUUACCCAAGGAGCUGGUGCACCCGUCCCCGGGCCCAACGCGGUCAAUCCUUCUCCCGUUGAUCCCGCACCCGGCACCGAUACUCCCGGCUUUGCCUCGUUAAACGCGGUUUCAAUUCAGAAGCUUGUUACGUCUAUGUUGUUGCCUGCAUCUCUUUUGCUCCUGUGA